GGGGCGGCCUCCAUCUGAACUCUUCCCCCCCCCCGAAGAAAAUUGAUUCCAGACCCAACUCUGAAACCUAACUAGCCUUUGAUCCAAUCCAGAAGAAAUCCUAAUGAAUUAACUCCUUGAUUCAUGUGUUGUCUCUUGAUUCCGAUAAACUUCAUAUAAUUUAGAGUGCAAUGGAUGUAAAAGCAUUGGCAAAAUCAAAGAGAGCACAUUCUCAGCAUCAUUGUAAGAGGCCUCAUGGCAGCCAUCAGAAUCAGAAGCUUAAACCCUCUUCAUCAGGUGGCUCAAAUGAUGCUGCAACAACUGCUAACAAGUCAUUGGGUAAGCAAUUGAGCGAGAAAGCCCAUCGCUCUAAGGGUUCGCCAGCUCUCCCCUCGAAUUGGGACCGUUAUGAUGAUGAAGAUUUGGACGCGGAAUCGGAAGGGCUCUCUCUUGACAGUUCCAGUAAAACUUCUGAUAUUAUUUUGCCUAAAAGUAAAGGGGCGGAUUAUUGCCAUCUGCUUGCUGAGGCCCAGUCUCGAGAAAAUACCAGUUUGGAUGGCGUUACAUCUUUGGAUGACGUUCUUUCUGGGGAGUUCAACGAGGGCUUAAGUGCUAUGCUUGCAGUCAGAGGAGAGGGCAUUCUUUCAUGGUUUGGGGAUGAUAAUUUUGUUGUAGAGGAUAAGACAAGUGGAACUCACGAGGCAUCAUUUCUUUCCUUAAACCUGCACGCUCUAGCAGAAAAUCUUGCCAAAGUUGACUUAUCAAAGAGACUUUUCAUUGAGCCUGACUUGCUACCCCCUGAGCUGUUUGCCGAAGGCUCUACAGCUAGCAGUGACAAACUACCUCGUAAACUGAAAACUACAGAGCCAGCUGAAGAAUCUAUUCUAGAUGAUUUUGCGGCAGAUGAUAAGAUUGUUGAUCAGUUUACAUCAUCUGGGUCCCGUGAUCGCAACCCAGCUGCUUCAACCCUGCCAUCAACCGACGCGAUUGUUGUACCUGGAAAUUAUGUUGAAUGUGGGCAGAUUCACAGUUCAGGCCAAAAUAGAGUACUUUAUCCCAUUUCGGAAGUUAACUUAUCUUCCACCGAAAAUCCUACAAGCAAACUCUCGACGUUUGAAGUUGCUGAUGCUGAAGAUGAAUUAGAUAUGCUUCUUGAUUCAGUUAGUGAGAUCAAGAUUAUGGACUCUCCUGCCUUUACGUCCAACUCCUCUUUUCCUGCUUCUGGAGGAAUCUCUGCUCUGGGCUCACAGAUUCUUAAUAAAGAACCAGAUUCAUCCAAAACCAUGCCAAUUACUGCCAGUCUCGAUGAUGAACUUGAUGACUUGUUGGAGGCAACAUCGAAAGUGAUGGAGCCAAACGCUUCAUUACAGCCACUUGAAGAAAAGCCUGUCCUUCAUGGUACACAAUCUUCUUCUUCACAUUCUAGAAGCAACGCUAAAACGUUAGAGGAAUUAGAAUCAUGGUUAGAUACAAUUUGAGCGAGGUUGCCUUUUCCCGCGAGAGUUUAAUGUAGAUCCAUCGAGUUUUGAAGUUGUUACAGCGUGGAUGAAAUUCUUGAUGAACAUGGAAAAUGACCUUCUGUCAUCUUCAGCUGGAAGUGUGGAUCCUCAUAAUUGCCCAUUGAUUGUAUAUGUGACUCUAUAAUCAUAGUAUAAAGAAUUAAUUCCUCGUUGCUUUUAGCUCCA